AUGGCGCAAUUCCUGGCACGCCAGGUCUUCCCUCAUUAUGGAGCUAUUCCAAGGUCCUACUUCCUUGGACAUCACCGUGCUGGAUUAAGCAAGAUGAAGAACAUGCUCUCGUCCAUUGACUACGUGGUCGAAUGCCGCGAUUAUCGAGCUCCUGUGACCUCGAUGAACCCCAUGUUUGAAGAAGCUUUGGGUGAUAAAAAGCGAAUAAUUGUCUAUACCAAGAGAGAUCUCGGGGCUAUCCCGCAAUCGCCGACACAAGUACAGCUGGAACAAAAAGUUAGAAACUUCGAUCGAACAAGCACCGUGUUCUUCACCAGUUCUGCCACCCGUGCAGAUAUCAAUAAAAUAAUCAAACAUCUCCGAACCGACGCCGCAGCGCCUGAAAAACUGACUGGGUGUCGCAUUCUAGUAGUUGGAAUGCCCAACGUGGGGAAGUCGACUCUCAUCAAUCAUCUCCGCAACCAUGGGGUGGGGAAAGCAAAGGCCCUGAAGACUGGUGGUCAGCCGGGGAUCACCCGCAAAAUCGCCAGCCCCGUCAAGAUUAUCCAACGAGAGGGUGGAUCCCAUACAUACGUCCUUGAUACACCUGGUGUCUUCAUGCCCUAUGUGCCGGAUGCAGAGAAUAUGCUGAAGUUGGCUCUCGUUGGAUGUGUCAAAGAUGCUGUCAUAUCACCCGUCACACUUGUGGACUAUUUAUUAUAUCAGGUCAAUUUGCAUGAUCCGCUGGCGUAUCAUCGUUGGUCUGAGCCUACAAAUGAAGUCAUUCCAUUGUUAGAGGGGUUCGCGCGCCAUACAGGGUUGCUUAUGAGAGGUGGAGUGCCCAAUUUGGAUUCAGCAGCUCUGCAUUUCAUUCAAAAAUGGAGAGCAGGCGAAGUUGGAAGAUUCAUUCUUGACGAUCUAGACGCUGAAAAGCGGCGACGGGAAGAUCCGAUGCAAACCGAGCGUCUGAGCAUGUCUCAGGCCUUGAAAGUGGAAAGGACAUCUCGAAAGAAGAAACCCGAGGUUGGUGAUCCCUCUACUUAA